AUGCAUACUCUUCAUAAUCCUAUUGUACCAUUUGUUGAGGCAAUUCGUGAAGAAUUAUGUGUUGGAGUCAGAAUAACUAUUAAAGGUCAAAUUGCUGAACAUCACCAUCAUUCUCAAGAUUUUUCAAUUGAACUUCUCUCAGGACCAAAUAUUGUUUUUCAUGCCAAUUUUAGAUUUGAUCAUGGAUCACAUAGAGAACAUAAAUUAGUUAUGAAUAGUUGUUUUAAUGGUGUAUGGGGACAGGAAGUAAGAUAUUCAAAUCCACUUCAUCAUCAUGAUCAUUUUACAAUUGUACUAGAAGUACAUGAAUCACAUUAUACACUUGGUGUUAAUGGAUUUAAUGCUGGUUCAUUUAAUCAUAGAGUAGAUUUUAGAACUGUUCAAGCUAUUGGAAUUAGAGGUAUGGCAAAUAUUGAAAAAGUUCAUUUUGAAGGAUUUAACUUUUAUGAUAGUUGGGAUAAUGAACAUAAUUAUGGUCAUUCAGGAUAUCAUGGAUAUGGUACUGAAUAUUAUGAACCACCUAGAUUUAGUGAUGACCAUCCACAUAGACAUCAUUUUCAUUAA